AUGCCGUGCCGGCGCGGGCGCCUACGCAAGGCAAGCCCGCGCGGCGCGCGGCGCCCGCGGAGGCGCCCGCGCCGGAGCGCGCCUGGGACCCGGUGGCGCUUGGGCUCGUGCAGGACGCGGAGGAAAUGUACUACCUGCGCGAGCUGCUCGCGCGCGAGGCGCGCGGCGAGGCAGGCGUCCCCGCGGUGUCUGUGCCCGUGCACGAGGCAGGCAGCGCGCGUGCGCAGGGCUUCUACCGGAUCCCGGCAGCGGACAAGGCGGCGCACCUGGCUGACCGGAACCGGGCUACCGAGAGUGCGGCGCCUGCGGCGCAGGCGCUGGCGUCCGCGCGCAACAACCGCGCGGACUCGCGGCGGCUGGCGCUGGACCUGGAGCAGCACAAGCGCGAGACGCUCACGGACACGGACAUUCUGCACAUCAACCAGCUGCAGACGCGCAAGAAGCAGCUGCGGUUCGCCAAGAGCCCCAUCCACGACUGGGGCCUGUAUGCGAUGGAGCGCAUUCCGCCGGGCGAGAUGGUCAUCGAGUACGUGGGCGAAGUCGUGCGGCAGCAGGUGGCCGAUCACCGCGAGAAGAUGUACGAGCGGGCGGUGCGUAGCGCACACUCACGGCAGGGCAACUUCAGCACGGCAAUAUCGCGCGGCUCAUGAA